CGACGAAAGAGUACACAUCUAUAAUUUUUUUGAAAUCGAUUGAAACAAAAUAAGUUCGACUAAUUUUUUCUUAUUUUUUUCAGUUGUCUGUGAUAGAGUGCAUUACCCACGUUAGAUUUAAUUAUUUAUUAAAAUGGCCUUAGUCGUAGAUUCGUUUAGGACAAUAAACUCAUAUUUAAACAAAUACCAAGAUCCGAGAACAGCGGAUUGGCCGUUAAUGUCUAGUCCUUUUUACACUUUAGGAAUAUGUCUCUCUUAUGUAUAUAUAGUAAAGGUUUUGGGUCCAAAAUUAAUGGAAAAUAGAAAACCCUUUCAACUCAAGUGGAUUCUAGUAUUUUAUAAUUUAUUCCAAGUAAUAUUUAGCACAUGGAUUUUCUACGAAAUUUGCAUGGGUGGAUGGGCGACCGGAGAGUACAGCAUAAGAUGUCAGCCUGUAGAUUAUUCCAAUAAACCUAGUACAGUGCGAAUGGUGCACGCGUCCUGGUGGUACUACUUUUCCAAAUUUACUGAAUUUAUGGAUACGAUAUUUUUUGUUCUACGUAAGAAAAACGACCAUAUCAGUACCCUACACGUUAUCCAUCAUGGUGUUAUGCCCAUGUCCGUCUGGUUUGGCGUUAAAUUCACUCCAGGUGGCCACAGCACAUUCUUUGGAUUUUUAAACACAUUCGUGCAUAUCAUUAUGUAUUCCUACUACAUGUUAAGUGCUUUUGGACCUUCUGUACAAAAAUACUUGUGGUGGAAGAAAUACCUCACCACCUUCCAAAUGGUUCAAUUCGUUGCCAUAAUGCUCCACGCCUUCCAACUGCUCUUCAUCGACUGCAACUAUCCCCGUGCCUUUGUCUGGUGGAUCGGAAUGCAUGCCGUCAUGUUCUUCUUCCUGUUCAAGGAGUUCUACAACCAACAGUACACCUCCAAAGCGAAAAAGGCCGCUGCUGCAGCCCCCCAAAACGGCAAAGUGAAAAACGGAGCGUCCACCACCAACGGCUACUCGAAAAAGAACGGAUUCAAAAAUGCCAGCGAAUAUUACAGCAAUGGCGACGUACGGAACAGGAUAAAGUCGCAGUGAGAUUUAGUCGAUUGAAAUUUUGUUGGGUAGUUUUCUAAGUGGAUCGACCAAUGUGCAAGUAUGCAUUAAA